CCAGAGCCUGAAAUGUAAAGCAUGUACAAGGCAUUUUGUUGUCUUUUCCCCACCCACUCCUUACACAAGAAGAAGAAAAAUUAACAAAAGAGCAAAGCUGUCUCUUCAGAGAAGAGAGGAAGCAAGGAAAGUCCCCGGUGGUGACUGGACUGAGUUCAAAAAUUACUGUUGUGCUCAUCCUGGACUAACAGGGAAGGACUAGAACCAGAAGGAAUAUUUGCUGCUCCAGAGAUAAGUCCUAAACUUGAGAAGGCUCUGCAAGACUGACUCUUGGAAUGAACAUCUGAAGUGCUGUCGGCUUGCUACGAAUUUCAUUACUGCUUUCCUGUUACAAUUUAGACAGUGGCAAAGAUUCAACAUGGGCAACAUUUAGGAGUAGAAGUAUGAUCCCGUUAAGAGCCUGCAGGUUGAGCCUGGACAUCUUUUUUCAGAGAGCAGAAAUGCUGGAAUUCCUCCAGCUUGAGGCACCUCUGCAGAGCUGCAGUGAGACAAGAGAGCUGAGCAACUAAUCUCCUGUGAAUGGACUUGUUGUGAAUGAACUUGGUCCUCUUAAAUUGUCCUGGGGAGGUGGAUUGCUUUCCCUAUGCCUUUGGGUCUCCAGAACCAUAUAUGAGUGGGUGGGGAAAAUUAGUCUAGUGCCCUCAAAGCAAGUACCCACUGCGGUUUCUCAUUUUGGUGAUACUUGUGGAAGUAAAGGGCGCUUUGUCCCUUGCAUCUGUGUGCCAGUAAAGACUAAGAACAGAAGACGCUGCUGCAACAUUAUGGAUGUUCUAUCAGAAUGUGGGAUUCUUUGGAGCCUUUUCUUAGAGUUGGAGGACAACAGUCUGCUGUGUCACUUGGAAUGGCUGCAUGAUUUCUCCGAAGGUUAUAAUGGUUCAGCUUGGGAUGAAAUUCCAGCUGUGUUGAGUCCAACCUACAAGCAACGGAACGAAGAUUUCAGGAAACUUUUCAAACAGCUUCCGGACACAGAGCGCCUCAUAGUUGAUUACUCUUGUGCACUUCAAAGAGAUAUUCUCUUGCAAGGUCGACUCUACCUCUCUGAAAAUUGGAUAUGUUUCUACAGCAACAUCUUCCGCUGGGAAACAUUGUUGACCGUCCGUUUGAAGGACAUCUGCACCAUGACCAAGGAAAAAACUGCACGGCUCAUUCCUAAUGCUAUCCAAGUUUGCACAGACACUGAAAAGCACUUUUUCACUUCCUUUGGUGCCCGGGAUAGGACGUAUAUGAUGAUGUUCCGCCUCUGGCAGAAUGCUCUCCUUGAUAAGCCUUUGUGUCCAAAGGAGCUUUGGCAUUUCGUACAUCAAUGUUACGGUAAUGAGCUAGGGCUGACAAGUGAUGAUGAAGACUACGUCCCUCCUGAUGAAGAUUUCAACACAAUGGGUUACUGUGAGGAGAUCCCCGUGGAAGAAAACGAAGUGAACGACAGCUCCUCCAAAAGUAGCAUGGAGGUCAAAGCUGAAGUGAGCCCUCAGCUUCCCAAAAAGUCUGUCACCAAUAGCAGCAUGUUGACCCCUACAGCAAACAAUGAAGCUCCAAUCCCGUAUGAAGGGGUAGUUCCUGAAGAAGAGGAGGUUCUGGAGACACCGGCUGAAAAGGAGAUGACAAUUGCAAGCCUCAUUGGAGAUAAGAUUGAUAUAAUUGCCCCUGUGAAUUCUCCUUCUCUGGAUUUCAAUGACAAUGAGGACAUUCCAACUGAACUCAGUGAUUCCUCUGAGACUCAUGAUGAAGGUGCUUGGCUGGCAUCCACAGGGGAGGUCCAGGCCUUUUAUGAAGAUCUGAAUGGACGACAAUACAUGAAUGAAGUCUUCAACUUUAGUGUGGAUAAGCUCUAUGAUUUGCUGUUCACAAACUCUCAGUUCCUAAGGGAUUUCAUGGAGCAACGACGCUUUUCUGAUGUUGUUUUUCAUCCAUGGAAGAAGGAAGAAACUGGCAAUCAAAGCAGAGUUAUUCUGUACACCAUCACUCUCACUAAUCCCCUGGCUCCAAAAACUGCCACCGUUACUGAAACUCAGACAAUGUACAAAGCAAGCCAAGAAAGUGAGUGCUAUGUUAUAGAUGCUGAGGUGCUAACUCAUGAUGUUCCCUACCAUGAUUAUUUCUACACAAUUAAUCGUUACACAUUGACGCGUGUUGCCAGGAACAAAUGUCGACUCAGGGUUUCUACAGAGCUACGUUAUAGAAAACAGCCAUGGGGACUGGUGAAAUCUUUCAUUGAGAAGAACUUUUGGAGUGGCCUAGAUGAUUAUUUUCGCCAUUUAGAGAGUGAAUUGACCAAAACUGAGAGUUCAUAUCUAGCAGAGCUUCACAGACAGUCACCCAAAGAGAAGGCGAACAAACAAUCCUCAGUGCGACGGAGAAAACGACCCCAUACGCACUUGAGGGGACCUCAUCUGGAGGAAGUACUGAGCCCUGUUACCACUCCCACAGAUGAGGAGGUUGUAGGUCGAAUCAAGCGUGUGGCAGGUUCCACUCAAACACGGCACAUCCCCGAAGAAAGUCCCAGCAGCUUCCACUUGCAGAGUGUCUCCAAGUUACUGCUUGUUAUUAGUUGUGUUUUGGUGCUUUUGGUCAUCCUUAAUAUGUUGCUGUUCUACAAGCUCUGGAUGUUGGAAUACACCACUCAGACCCUGACGGCGUGGCAGGGUUUACGUUUACAGGAAAGGUUACCCCAAUCCCAGACUGAGUGGGCCCAGUUAUUAGAGUCCCAGCAGAAAUAUCAUGACACGGAGCUCCAGAAGUGGCGAGAGAUCAUCAAAUCAUCAGUGGUUCUCCUAGAUCAGAUGAAGGAAUCCCUCAUUAACCUUCAGAAAGGCAUUGGCUCUCGUGAAUAUCGGCCCGAGUCGGAGGAGAAACGAAAACGGUUCUAUUAGCAGGCGGGAACACAUGCGGCCAGAGGAUGCGUGCAAUAUAUGUACAU